UGUACCGGCCGGUAGAGUGCAAUGUAGUGUGUACGAAAGCCGCAUGGUACGUGCCGUACAGCGACCGGCACCAACCUGGCUGUCACUUCGGCCGUCGUCCUGGAAGGGAAGACAUUUAGGUUGCCACCUCCGGGAAGGUAUCGUACGAGUAGGGUACGGUACUACUUACGAUACCGUUGCUACCUCACGCACGAUUGCCUCGACGGUGCGGUGCUCUAGCUGUACCGGUAUCACCCGACGAUCCUCGCACCUGAAGCCGUUCGAAUUGGUGUCUGCGAGGAAGGAACCAGAAGACGGCAGCAGAGUGCAGCUAUAGCCCAGCACAGCACAACCAACCAGCAAGGCCUUGGUUGCUCGCAAGACGAAAGAAGGAAGCAGUCCGGCAAACGAACGACCGUUGCAAACAAACGGCACGCAAAAAAAUCCGCAGAAACAGAAACACCUUGGAGAAAUCGAGCAAAUCCCGCGAGGCGAAGACAUAGAGACACCCAUUUGCGCGAGACCAGACGAUACUGGACUAGAGAGGUUAGGCUAGGCUAGGCUAGACGAAGCGAAACGAAACGAAACGAAGCGAGACAGCAUGGCGGCGGCAGCGACCAAGCUGUCCUCCCAGUCCCCGCCCUUCAAUCCGAACCGGAUCCUGGCGCGGGACCACUCGCAGUCCCCGAUCCCCCCGCCGAACGCCUACGGGUCGAGGUCGAGGUCGACCUCCCCCUCGUACAGCCACAACAACAACCCGAACCGGGGGAUUUCCACGCCGGGCGGGGUCCGCCGGCGCAUACAGUACCCCACGAACCCCAACACGGCCCACUCGAACGCGGUGGCCAAGCACACCUUUGAGCACAACGGGUGAGUGCGGUGUCUGUUUCUGCAUACGUAUCUGUAUCUGUAUAUUUAUAUGUAUCUGUAUAUGGAUCUGUAGAAAACGAAACAAACGACGCAACGGGACGGCAAACGCCGUUGUUCCGUAGAGUCUUGUAGCUGAGGUUAUUCCCCUCCAAUCCAAUCCAAUCGAAUCGAAUCCAUACUCGCAUGCAUUGUCCUUUUCUUGUUCUCAUAUUCUUCUUUCUCUGAUCCCCGAUCGGUCCAAAACGCAUCCGCAACCUUGCACAACCGCAUCUGUUACACCUGUUCGUAAAUCAUUUGACAACGCAAACAACUCCUCUAGCGAGACGCUGGAGAUCCGCAAUGUCUGGGCCGAAAACGUCGAGGAAGAAAUGCGCGUGAUUCGGUCGCUCGUCGAAAAGUAUCCCUACGUUUCGAUGGACACGGAAUUCCCCGGUGUGGUGGCCAAGCCCGUCACGGAAUCCUACACGUCGGACUACCACUACAAAUCGCUCAAGGUCAACGUCGAUCUGCUCAAAAUCAUCCAGCUCGGCCUGAGUUUCUCGGACGAAAAGGGAAACCUCUGCAAGGAAUGCCCCUGCUGGCAGUUCAAUUUUGCCUUUGAUCUGGACGGGGACAUGUUUGCGCAGGACUCGAUCGACCUGCUGGUGCACUCCGGGAUCAGCUUCACGGACCACGCCACCCGGGGCAUCGAUCCGCAGUUGUUUGGGGAAUUGCUGAUGGUCUCGGGACUGGUCCUCGACGACCGCGUCAAGUGGGUGACCUACCACGCGGGAUACGACUUUGCCUACCUGCUCAAGAUCCUGACGACCAAGGAGCUGCCGGCCGACGAGAAGGGCUUUUUCGAGCUUCUCCGGAUCUACUUUCCCACGAUAUACGACAUCAAGUACAUGACCAGCCUCUGCGACGGACACCGCUUCAUGGGCGGCCUGCAGCGCCUGGCCGACGACCUGGGCUGCCAGCGGCUCGGGGCGGAGCACCAGGCGGGGAGCGAUUCCCUCCUGACCAAGGACGCCUUUUUUGCCCUGGUCAAGGCCAAGUUCCAGGACAAGCCCAAGAGCGGCGGCAAAAAGGGCAAGGCGGGCAACAGCAACAACAAGUCGGGCCAGCAGGCGUCGUCGGCGGAUCGCUGCUGGUUCGACGACGCACGCUUCGCCAACGAACUCUACGGCUACGGAAACAACCACACGGUCCGAAAGGGAGCGGCCAGCCACGCACGGGACAUUAGCAGCAUUUCCAGUGGCCCCAACGAGUGAUGCCCGAGCAGCAAGAGGCAGGCAGGAAAGACCGCUGUGCCACGGAGGGCAACCCAACCCAACCUAACCCGCCACGACACACCCACACCGAGUCCGGGAAGUGCCUCGGUCUCGAACCGACCAUUGACGAGUAACAUAAACUGUAAAAAAUCAUAUGAAAUCAAAUCAAACCAAAUCAAAUCAAGUCAUAACC